AUGCCGCGCUAUGACGGAUUUUCUCUCCACUGGCUGCACCGACAACUCGACUUUGAGGUUGCCACCUACAAACUUCUCAAACACACCCCAGGCAUACCAACCGACCGACUCCUUUAUCACCGUCACCCUUUACAGCAUGCGGGGAUCAAGCACGGUAUGCCCGCGGAUAUCAGUGGACGACGUUUGAUGAUCUUUGAUAUGGCACAAGGCCAGUGCCGCCUUUGGUCUGAGCUUGACGAACAGCAAAGGAUGUCAACUCUGGCCGACGCAGCUACGAUCCGUGCUUCAUUGCUCAACCUGGUGCUUCCGUCCCAGUUUGUAAGCAACUGGUUGUUGUGGCGUACCCUCCAACCAGUGGAAUGGAUGCCAAAGAAGCUGUCUCUUCCCAUCAGCGCGACCCGCGACUUCUGGCUCGCCACACUCAAGGCUAAGGUCGAGGCCAUGAUCAAGAAUGAAGGUGACAUUAUCGGUUGGCCUGGGAACAAAGUAACAGUAGGGCCAAAAGCCCUUGCUGCUAAAGAGUUUAUGUUGCGCUUGAUUCCGCUGAUACUCCCGGAGGGAGACGAGGCAGUCUUGUAUCGCCCGGUGCUGCAACAUGAUGAUUUCGGCAUCCACAACUUGCUGAACCUGGUCAGUGGGGCAGUGGAGACAAAAAUAACGUCAGUUUUCGACUGGGAAACAGCUUGCAUUGUCCCCUUCGCCCUGUCCGAAAUCGUGUUCUUUAUCGCUGGCUGUACCUUGACCACGGAUGAAGGUGGUAAGCCAUCAGCUCAAGCCCGGUCUGAGUUAGCAUCCAGGCCCGAAGAGCAAGCCAAAAACCAAGAAUACUCUGCUGAGUUUCUCAAGCGAGUCAAAGAACAAGUCCCUUCCUUGGAGGAAGCCAUGCACAAGGCCAAUGACGCUCGCUAUCUUUGGGUGAAGCUCAAAAAAUGGAAGGGGCAGCGUCCUGAAGAGUUCUUUGGUGAACUUGGGGACUGGGCAGAGAGAAGAUUGGCUGAAAGGGCCUCAUGUGAGACAAGCAACCUUUAG